AUAUCCACUCAGGCGAUCUGGAUAGAAACUGACAACAAGAACGCCACUGACAUCGGUUGGCAGCCAUAUAUUGUAGUGUCUCCAACCAGGCACGGUGAGGAUCACGCGGUCCCCAUCCUGGAAGCUAAAAGAUUGUUACAUGAUGGGAUAUCAUGGAUGGAAAAUGGGGCUAAUGCAAGCCUGUCACAAUCACUCCAAUGUGCCUACACCCCCAGACACUCGUCCGAACAAUCCGGGCGGAAAGUGGCAACAGCAAUGACACUGGCAUCGACUAUCGGCUUUAUUUUUCAGCUUCUCCAAACAAGAGCAGGGAUGGGGAUCACACGAAUCUCGUCCUGGAAGGCAAGUUGCACAGACAGUAACCGGUAA